AUGGCGGACGAUAUGGCGAACCAGUACCAGAUGAUGGAGGAGUUGGGCAGUGGCAGUUUUGGAAUCGUGUACAAGGCCAUUGAAAAGUCGACUGGAGAGAUUGUUGCGGUCAAACACAUCGAUCUCGAGUCGAGCGAAGAUGAUAUCCAAGAAAUUCAACAGGAGAUCUCCGUGCUGGCGACGUGCGCGAGUCCCUUCGUGACGCAAUACAAGGCGAGUUUUCUUCGAGGCCAUAAGCUGUGGAUUGUGAUGGAAUAUCUAGGCGGAGGGUCCUGUCUUGACCUGCUGAAACCGGGCGUUUUCAAUGAGGCACAUGUUGCGAUUAUCUGCCAGCAGCUAUUACAGGGUUUGGAUUACUUACACAGCGAAGGAAAGAUUCACCGCGACAUUAAAGCUGCGAAUGUGCUUCUCUCACAUACCGGAAAGGUCAAAUUGGCGGAUUUUGGCGUGGCGGCACAGCUGAUCAAUAUCAAAUCACAACGCAACACGUUCGUCGGAACCCCGUUUUGGAUGGCACCAGAGGUGAUUCAGCAAUCCGGAUACGAUUACAAGGCAGACAUUUGGUCACUGGGAAUUACCGCGAUUGAGAUGAUUAACGGAGAGCCGCCACAUGCCAGCACUCAUCCGAUGAAAGUACUCUUUUUGAUCCCGAAGGAGCCGGCUCCCCGACUGGAAGGUGACCAAUACAGCAGCACCUUUAAGGACUUUAUCGCCCAAUGUCUCACCAAGGAUCCGGACCGUCGACCGAGUGCAAAAGAACUUUUACGACACAAAUUUAUCCGGAAUGCGGGGAGGACUGAAGCGCUGCAAGAGUUGAUCCAUCGGAAACAAGAUUGGGAUGCUGGACGGGGAGUGGCGCGGAAUAUCAAGUACUAUGCUGAGUCUUUGAACACCAUCACGCACUUGAAGGAUGACGACGGAUGGGUCUUCGACACAGUUAAAGCACCUACCAUGAAGAUCCCGGAGGACCCAUACGUGGACGAAAAUGACUUGGAUUCCCAAGACUUCCUGUACGACGAAGCAUCGGAAAUGAUAAAUGAUAUGCACAUCUCCAGCCCUCCGCCCCCGCCUAAGCACGCUCCGAAUAGCGCAACGAAUAGUGCGGUUAAUACCGCGGUGAGACGAGCCCCGGCACCUGAGCGUAGUCCUUCUACGCGGCGAAGCUAUAGGAAGCGGCGAUCCAGUGGAAUCAAGCAGCCCCUGGGCGUCGACUUGACCUUUGGCAAUAGUCCAUCGACCGUCCGGCAGUUUCGUCGGGUAUCAGACAAGAUCCCUUCAGAAAAUUCGUAUAGCUCCCAGUACUCCUUUGGGCCUGAUGAGAACGGUAGCCCGAAGACACUGUUCUCGGAGCCGAACAGCAAGGAAGCGCAACUCGGACGACGGGCAUACAGCAAAGCUGUUGGCCUGUCCUGUCAGGAGGUUCUGGGGACCACUGGGGACCAGGAAAAGCGAGAGGCGAUUUCCCGCCUGGCAGAGGCCUGGAGUGAUCUCGAAAUGGUGGAUCCCGAGGGGUUGUACCACAUUCUCAAGAUCAUGAACGAAAAACUUCAAGGUGAUCCAAAGCUGUCAGGUCUUGUCCCACAGGCAGCUCCACCACCCGAAUCCCCACAGAGACCGCGUCUAGUUUUGGCACAAAACAACCCACACCUAAAAAGCCACCGACGGCGGCAAUCCGCGGUAGUGGCUGAGCCCAGCUUGCAACCGGCGCAAUUAGCCAACCUUCCGGGCCAACAAGUCCCCGGUAUGGAGCACACCAAGCAGUUGUCGGAUGUGCUCUACCAGCGGUGGUCCGAAGGGCUGCGCAAUCGCUGGCCCGGGAUCUAA